CUUUUGUGUCCAGCAACAAAGCAUCCAUGCCGCCGCGGCUACACCCCAUCGCCGGGCCCUCACGGCGCAUCGUCGGCGCGUCGUUGGCACGCGCAGCCGCCCCGCGCCUCCAACGGCCAUGGCACAGCUCGUCGGCUAACCUUGCGCCAGAGGACCCCUCGACGUUGCCCCCCGUCAUCCCGCACCCCCACGAGGCGUUCAGCAACCUCGCGAGCACGCUGUCGACUGCGCAGCCCUGCUUUGGCAUGCGCGGCGACGAGGUCGAGAUCCUCGAGACGCCGACCGCGUUCCACGACCGGCUGUUGGACAUGGUGAAGAAGGCCAAGAAGCGCAUCCUCAUCAGCUCGCUGUAUAUCGGUGUCGAGGAGGAGUCACUGGUCGACGCCGUCACGACAGCGCUCCAGUCCAAGCCGCACCUCCGCGCCACCUUCAUCCUCGACUACAACCGCGCGACGCGUCUCGGGCGCAGCCCCGGCCCAGAGUCAACAGUACACAUGCUGCUACCGCUCCUCGAGCGCUUCGGCGACCGCGUAGACGUGUGGCUGUACCGCUCGCCCAAGCUGCGCGGACCGCUGGAGAAGAUUGUGCCCCCGCGGUACAACGAGGGCUGGGGGACCUGGCACGCCAAGUACUAUGCCGUCGACGACGACGUCGUGCUGAGCGGGGCCAACCUCGCCGCUUCGUACUUUACCAAUCGGCAAGAUAGGUACAUCCACAUCAAGAACCACCCGUCGCUGCUGUCGUACCUGUCGUCGAUCACGCGCCUGAUCUCAGACUACUCGUACAAGGUGCACCCGAACGUGCGGCCGGGUACGCUGGGCCCGCACGGCGUGGCUCUCGAGCCCGGAACAGCCGGCGCGUUGUGGAGAGAGCGGUCACUCGAGCCCCGCGCGUGGGCGCCGCACGCGAGAGCGACAAUCAGCGCGUUCCAGCAGGCGUGGCGCGCGAGCAACUCUGUGCGGGCACGCGACGCGCGCGAAGACGGCGCGGACACGUGGUUCUGGCCCGUGAUCCAGGCGGGCGUGCUCGGUAUCCGCGAAGAGGAGAGCGCGCUCGGCGAUGUCUGGCACGCGAUCCGGAUGGCCGGCGAGGGCGCCGUGAAUGUCGACCUCACGUCGGGAUACUUUGGUCUGUACAAGGCGUACAAGCAGGCCGUGAUUGACUCGCCUGCGCCCGUGCGCAUCAUCGCGGCGUCGCCGAAAUCCAACGGGUUCUACGGGUCGAAGGGCAUCUCGCGCCUCAUUCCAGAGGGGUACACUCUUCUCGAGAGCCGGUUCUACGACGCGUGUGCGAGCCACGGGCGGUUGUGGGACGGCGAGGGCAAGGGCGUGCGCUUGCAGGAGUGGGAGCGCAAGGGGUGGACAUAUCACGCCAAGGGCAUGUGGCUCUCGCCAAGGGCAGAAGACCCGUUCUUCACUUUCAUCGGCUCGUCCAACCUCUCAACGCGCUCGCUUAACCUCGACACUGAGCUGUCACUCCUGCUUGCGACCUCGAGCACCGGCCUGCGCGAGGCACUGGGCAAGGAGAUUGGCGCGCUGAGAGAGUACGCGCACGAUGUCGACGCGGAGACUUGGAAGCUGGAGGAGCGGAGGGUCAGCUUCAUGGCCAAGGCGCUCGUGUUCCUCGGCGUGGAGGGGAUGCUUUAGAUGUACGAGAUACUUAGACGAUAGAGAC